UAAUUUCAUUGGUUCAAGAACUUUCCGGGUAGUGUUUGUAGCUAGGACGUGAAAACUGUACACCGGUAGAGCGUGAUUACCCUUAAGCACAGACUUAUUUGUUUAAGUAUUUGUAUUUGUCUCAAGACGGGUGGAAAUCCUUAAGAUGGGUGAUGAUGAAGAAAAGUAUGAUGGGAUGCUGCUUGUUAUGGCACAGCAGCAUGAAGGCGGAGUACAAGAGUUGGUGAAUACAUUCUUCAGCUUUCUCCGACGAAAAACUGACUUUUUUACUGGAGGCGAAUCAGGAGCUCCUGAGAAGUUAGUAAAAGAGGCUUUUGCUCAUCACAGUCAACUGGCUUUCAAGGCCCAGAAGGAGAAACUGUCCAGGCAGGAGAAAGAAAAGAAGGAGAAAGCUGAACGGUCAGAUAAGCUGAAGGCUGAAGAAGAGCGAAAGAGGAAAGAAGCUGAAAGUGAGCCCAGAAUCAAAGAACUUACAGAGGAAGAAGCAGAGAGACUGCAGACGGAAAUAGACCAGAACAAAGAAAACGAGGAAAAAAAAGAGACUCCUGCUCCUGAGAGCAGUGUUGCAGAUACGUCUGAUAAAGCAGAGAAGGGGUCUGACUCAGAAGGAGAAGAGGAUGAGAAGGAUAAGAGCAAAAUGAAGCCUAAUGCUGGAAAUGGAGCAGACUUGCCCAACUAUAGGUGGACACAGAACCUGUCUGAAGUAGAUCUCAUGGUGCCUUUUGAUGUGAAGUUCCGUCUGAAGGGCAAGGAUGUGGUUGUGGAUAUUCAGAGGCGUUCUCUGAAGGUUGGGUUAAAGGGCCACCCACCUGUUAUUGAUGCGCAGCUCUAUAAUGAGGUGAAGGUGGAGGAGAGCUCCUGGCUUAUUGACGAUGGGAAAAUAGUAACCGUUCAACUAGAAAAGAUUAAUAAAAUGGAGUGGUGGAACAAGUUGGUGUCCACAGACCCUGAAAUCAACACCAAGAAAAUCUGUCCAGAGAACUCUAAGCUGUCUGACCUGGAUGGCGAGACACGCAGCAUGGUUGAAAAGAUGAUGUAUGACCAGAGACAGAAGUCCAUGGGCCUGCCUACCUCUGAGGAGCAGAAAAAGCAGGACAUCCUGAAAAAGUUCAUGGACCAGCAUCCUGAGAUGGACUUCUCCAAAGCCAAGUUCAGUUGAGAGCUCCUGCCAUGCUGCUGAGGUUCGAACUGCAGGCCCGCCAUGCGCUGCACAUUGGAAACCAGGCCUCUGGCUUUCUCUCCCAUGCUCUCCUUUCUUUUUUUUUCUUUUUUUUUUUCUUUCUUUUUUUUUUUGGCAAAAAUAGAAGACUGUAUGUUUAUCUAGUCUGACUCGUAUUACAGAGGUUACUGUAUUCGGAAUAUUUAAAGCGUUUGUUUUGUUUGUUUGUUUUAUAAAUAAAUUCAAAUCCCACCACCUGGUUACCUAAA